UUUACUUAAGUACAGCACUAUCAAGUUAGUUGUAAUAUUAAUACACUUGCAUUGAAAUUAAUCAGACCCCUUUCAUGUUUUUAUAUCAAAGUAAAAAAAAAAACAUGAAAAAGAAGCAAUUAGGUAUUUGGUUGACAAAACACUACUCCUACUGGCUGAAUCAACAGUGACAUGUCUUUAAUGUAUGUUUUCAUAGAAUUAUUAGAAUUUUUUUUUCCAUUUGUUAAGACACAUCUGAGGAGAAGUGGCUUGAUUUAUUCACAUGUAGGUUUAAAAAAAGGCCACUUUUGUCCAGGCAGGCUGUUGUGGCGCGGGAGAUAAGAGCCCGUCUGAAGGCCUUUAAACCCCAGCGCUUCAAUGACAAGUUCAACUGACCUUUUAUUUUUUUAUUUCUGCAUUGAAAGCGACCAGUACCUUUUGUUUUCCAUAGCAAUCAAUCAGUCCACUCCCACUUUACAGGGAUUUCUUUGAGCCAGUCCGUGUGAUGUUCCACCUUAACACUCUGGUCUGAUGUUAAGGUUUUUGUUGUCCUGCAUCCUAACCUGUCAAUGCUCCCUCCCACUCCCUGUCUAUUUGCAUGGCAACCUUUUUAGCAGGCCAGCUGCUGCCCUUUUCUUUCUUCGUGUUGAAUUCUAAUCAUUACUUUCAAAGGAAAGCGUCUCCAAAGCUCCUUUAUCAAGUGUUUGAACUGGGAGGAGGCAAGCCAGCGGCUGUCCAGCGCCCACUCAGGCUGCACUUCUUCUUCUCAACACUUCUCUUCUGCUAGCCGGGAUCAUUACACAUCAAUAACCUGCUUUUACAAUUUUGAAAAAUAACAUAUGGAAGAAGAAGUUUUAUACAAGAAUUCAAAGUAACAAAGGCUCUGCGGUGAUGCCAUGAGGUUGAUUCUGGUUAAACCCACCAACGCAACGCGACGUCUUGACUCAACUGGUGAAGUCUUCCGUGAUGGGGACCACGAGCAUUGUACCUCCGGAGGUCCAUCACCUCCGAUAAAACAAUCUCCUGAGGGGAUGCGUGAUCGAUACUCGGGUACCUCUCAAGCAACUUCUUCCCCACAGGAGACGAGUCUGUGCUGCGUUUCGUCCUCACCCCACAGAAGAUCUAUUGGAAUCAGUCCAGCAAGAGAUUCAGCUCAGAUGUCUCCAAUGAAAACCAGAAACCUGACCUUAUCACAGCUGAGGGAUCAGGACUGGCUGCUUCUUUGUGGCCAGGUUAGCAAUGUAGGAGAUGAUUGCCCCUCAGCAGAGAGAGCAGGGACCAGUGUGGGACAUCCAAACCACAAUGACAGAUGUGGUUGUUCCUGUCCGGAUGCACACCAGCAUCCAGAGGCUUCUACUUUCCAUCCGCAAUCAAAACAAUGCAGCGUCCAGCAAGACUGCCUCUCCAGAGUUUCAAAGAGAAGCCUCUCAUCUGCACCACACACCCUGUCUUUCUCUCAAAGCACCCAGGUGCCCACCACUUGCCAGGUUUCACCACAGCAAACCAACCAAAGGGAUCUUUUGAAGCCUGCAGCGAACCAUCCGCAGGAUAAUUUCACGCUCCAACACGGUGACCAAGAAGGCCAAAAGGAGCUAUCGAAGCAGCAGCCUUGCAAUCAUUUUAAACCUAAAGACAGCAGCCAGGCAACCUUAUUCAACAUUCCUCUGAACUCCGUCGAGUGUGCUGAGACAAGUCAGCCUGCUGUCACUGCAGACUGGAGAGGACUUUUUGGCAAGGAACCACUUUUAGUUCAGCAAUGUCAGAAGCAAGACUCCUGCAAGUCACCUGGAGAUCCCUCCAUAAUCCUCAAGUGCCGUCAUCUCCCUUACAACCCUUUAGCCAGCAGUCCGCGGGUGCAGCGGUCGUCUACUCCAACCAGCAACAGAAGUGUCCAGUCCUUCUCCACCAGCCCGUACAGGUCUCUGGAGAACCAGGAUUCAGGGGCAGAAAGAACCAGACAAAGACAAAGUCAGACAAAUUCUCAGCACCUCAGUGGAUCAAGACUCUCCCUCCCUAAACACACUCCUCCUCCGUCCUCUGGUGAUGUAGCCAACGGGGAUGCUGUGCGACCGCUGAGCAGCCAUGGUACUUUAGGUUCCAGUCUUUCAGGCCAACAGCCUCUUCAGCUCCUUCACAGUGCCAUCCUGGAGGACGCCUUCUCCAAAGUCAUCAGAGAAGAUUCCAGUAAAGCCAACAGUGAACACCUGACCAGGGAGGAAGGCAGUGUACCACAGAAGAAGAGCAAAGACAUCAGCUACAGGCUGGGUCAGAGGAAAGCUCUCUUCGGGAAGCGUAAACAGCUGAGCGACUACGCAUUGGUCUGUGGGAUAUUUGGCAUUAUCAUCAUGGUGAUUGAGACGGAGCUGUCCAGGGGAUUUUACACCAAGGAAUCCAUCUAUUCAUAUGUACUGAAAGGCUUAAUCAGCCUCUCUACUGCUGUUCUUCUUGGACUUAUUGUGAUGUACCACGCAAGGGAAAUCCAGCUCUUCAUGGUGGACAAUGGAGCAGAUGACUGGAGGAUAGCGAUGACCUUUGAACGGAUUCUCUUUGUUGCAUUCGAGCUCCUCAUCUGUGCCAUCCAUCCCAUCCCGGGUCAGUAUGUGUUCACCUGGACAGCCCGCCUGGCCUUCAGCUACACAGCAUCAGUGGCCAACGCAGACAUUGACAUCAUCCUCUCUGUGCCCAUGUUCCUGCGCCUCUACCUGAUCGGCCGGGUCAUGCUGCUCCACAGCAAGCUGUUCACGGACGCCUCCUCCCGCAGCAUCGGGGCCCUCAACAAGAUCAGCUUUGACACUCGUUUUGUCAUGAAGACGCUGAUGACCAUCUGCCCUGGCACUGUCCUGCUGGUCUUCAGUGUGUCCUGUUGGAUCAUCGCAGCGUGGACCGUACGCGUCUGUGAGAGGUAUCACGAUGCUCAGGAGGUGACCAGUACCUUCCUCGGAGCAAUGUGGCUGAUCUCUAUCACCUUCCUGUCCAUCGGCUACGGCGACAUGGUCCCUCACACCUACUGUGGGAAGGGGGUUUGUCUGCUGACCGGAAUCAUGGGAGCCGGCUGUACAGCAUUAGUGGUCGCUGUUGUUGCAAGGAAGUCAGAACUCACCAGAGCUGAAAAACAUGUGCAUAACUUCAUGAUGGACACUCAGCUCUACAAAAAGGUAAAAAACACGGCAGCCAACGUGUUGAGGGAGACAUGGCUCAUCUAUAAAAACACCAAGCUGGUCAAGAAGGUGGACCGUGCCAGAGUGCGCCACCAUCAGCGUAAAUUCCUGCAAGCCAUCCACCAACUGCGAAGAGACAAAAUGGAGCAAAGGAAGCUAACUGAUCAGGCCAAUACAGUGGCUGACCUUGCAAAGACUCAGAACAUGAUGUAUGAUCUGGUGUGGGAGCUGCAGCAUCACAGCCAGGAGCUGGACAGGAGGAUUGUGGCUCUGGAAGAGAAGCUGGACUCCAUCCUUCUCAGUGUGCAGUCGCUUCCCGUUGUGCUUUCUCAAGCAAUAACAAAGCUCCAAAAGGAUUUCCUGGACGACUUGGCCUGUCGUGUCCACUUCCUGUCAUCCUCCCUGAGCUCUGAGUGCUGUUCAGUCCCUGCCAGGCAGCUCUGUCAAGGACCCACCGCACCAGAGAAACAAUACAGCUCCUAGGCUUCUUUUCAACAUGCACACCUUUUUUUCUUUCAGUAGCGCUCUGGUAAACAUGCAUACGGUUACACACAUUCACCCCUGGGAGUUACAGCUACCAUCUCAUACUGAGCAGCUCCAAUGACGAGGGAAGUGCCUCAGUCAGAGGAAGGGGGAGCAUUAUUCCUUCAUUUCCUCUGCUCAAAGUGUCACAGUCAGUCCAGUGACCGGGUUAUAGGCAUACAUCAGUCCAUAGAGCCUUCUUUUAUCUCAUGCCAGAGAUCCAUGUAGGAAGACGAUUUGUAAGCUAUGACUUCAUGGAUAAUUACAACAUAGCUGUCACAUCAAUACAAUAAAUAAAUAAAUAAAAAGGAAACCUGAUGGCACCAAGGUUAUAGUUAAUGAAAAAACUAAUGGAAUAACAAAAACUGGAAUUGUAAAACAUUUUCGUUAACUGAAAUAAAAAUAAAAAUGAGAGUUUUUAAAAAAAAAAACCCGAUAACUAACUAAAACUGUAUUUUGUUGUUACAAAACUAACUAAAACUAACUAAAGUUAUGGUGAAAAUGUCCUUCAUUUUUGUCUUUGUCAACUUUUUUCAUACGCAACAUUUAUUGUGACUUUUUUAAAAAUCUGGCACCCAACAAAUACCCCAUUACAAAACAACUAAAACUAACACUAAAACUAAUAAUAACUAAACUAAAACUAAGUAUACUCCAACAAAUAAAAACUAAUUCAAACUAGCAAACUCACUGUAAAAAGGAAUUAAAACUAAAUUAAUUUGAAAACAAAAAAUCACAACGAAAUUAAAACUAAUGAAAAUCCCAAACUAUUAUAACCUUGGAUGGCACAGACAUCAUCUGGGUAAGCAUGGGGCUAUUUCAGCUAUUUAAGACUAGAAUUCAAGCACUUUCAAGGUACCUAAACUAAAAAUGUUUAGAUUCUCAAAGCCUUUAUCCUCACAUCUAAAGUGUUACUACAUGGGCAAUUGCAGUAUUUAAAAUAAAACAUUUAAAAAUGUAAAAUGAUAGAAUUCCCUAAUAUCAACAGAAAUCAAUGUAUAUUGUCACUUUGUUUAUUGUUCUAGCUGUUGAUAUCACAUACACCAGGAGACAACAGAUAUGGCAUUACGACUUAUGUUUAAAAAAAAAAAAUUAAACAUGAUUGUGUGUAUUGAUGAAGCACUAAUUUUGUUGAAAAUCAAGCAUUUUUCAGAGAUUAUAUUCAAUUUCAUUCCUAGAAAUGUAUAACUUUCCAAAAUUUCAAGACUGUUUGAACCCUGCUCCACAAAUCAACUAUUUUGCAAUGUUUACUUCUGUAAAGUCUAACAUUGUGAACCUGGAAAAGGGUCUAGAAAUGAUACAGAUGAAAGUUUUGAUUACAUUUUAUUAAUUUAAACUCUGAAGUGAAACUGUCUGUUUCCUGUUAUGAAAAUGACAACAAAGGCUUUGUUCUCAUACAGAGUUGGCACUUUCUUCUGUUCCAUCAGGACAUUUUACAGCAGAUGAGAUCCUCUAUUAGAGAAAAGUGACUGGCAUUGAGAAGAGAUUUUCUAACGUUUAUGAUUACUUUCAAAGCAAUAAUAGUCUGGUGCCAGCUAAGAUUUCAUGGCUGUUAAUGGCUUGUGAGAAGUGUGGUCUCACAUGGUUAGACAAAACUGUUGUCAGAGAGAAAGCUAGAGAGGAAGAAGCAUUGCUGUCUUUUUCAUUUUCUGUACUCACAUCUAAGUUUUGUGUUGUUGUUUUGUGCUUAUUUGAGACCUAAUUUUUACGGAUGUUUUGCUGCUUCUUGUAACAUUUCCCUGUUUAGGCCUAUUAUCAUUAUAUUUUAAGCUGUAAACAUAAAAAUCACCAAAAACAAUGUGCAAUAGAAAUAAAGUAAAUUUAUAUUUCAUUACUUUUACCUCUAAACUCUCCUUUUGUGUAUUACCUGUAUAGUUGGCAAUAUUAAUUUUGAAUAUUUUUGUAGCGGCCAAACAGUAUACUUUUUUAGGCUUAUUUUAAUACACAAAUAAUAAAGACUUUUACCCCAGAACGCUUUCAUAGGUUUCUUUUAUGUUUGCAUUGGCAGGACUCAUGAGUAAAGUGACACUUCUCUUGGGAAACGGCAGAGAUAUCUGGCUUUGAAAUGUAGGAAAUGUAUUUAUGUGCCCCACAAAGAGCUGGACUUGGAAAUCAUUGUGACAACUUUGCACCAACAAAGCACACUAAGAUGUUUUAAUUAAUGGUAUAGAUCUGUAGAAUGCCAUUUUGAGAUAAUCAGCAGUGGCCAAGACCAACACUCCUGAGGCUGAUUAU